AUGCUGGCUUUGCAUUGGCUGUGGUUUAAGUUCUUCGAAUGCCCUGACAAGCAGAUAAAAAAGGUGGACAGUUUCCUGUACGCCAUGCGUCUCUCCGAUAAGCAGCUCCAGGACAUUUCAGGUCGUUUCCGGGUGGAAAUGGAGAAGGGUCUGUCUGCCAAAAGCAAUGCAACUGCCACAGUGAAGAUGCUGCCCACCCAUGUCCUCUCCACUCCGGAUGGAUCAGAGAAAGGGGAGUUCCUGGCACUCGACCUUGGGGGCUCCAGCCUGGAGGUGCUGCGGGUAAAGCUAUCAGCGGACAGGAAGAGGAAUGUGGAAAUGAAGAGCCACACCUACUCCAUCCCUGAUGCAGUUAUCAACGGCAGGGGCACAGAUCUCUUCAAUCAUGUUGCAAGAUCCCUGAAAGAUUUCAUGGAAAGGAAUCACAUUAGUAACAUGAAAAUCCCCCUGGGCUUCACCUUCUCCUUCCCCUGCAGACAGUCCAAACUGGAUGAGGGAGUACUUCUGUCAUGGUCAAAGAAUUACAAUACCAGAGGAGUCCAGGGGAUGGAUGUGGUGGAGAGCUUAAGGAAGGCUAUCAACAGAACAGGGGGGAUGGACGUAGAAGUCCUGGCUCUUGUCAACGACACAGUGGGGACCAUGAUGUCAUGUGGGUAUGAUGACCAGUGCUGUGAGGUUGGAGUCACUGUAGGCACGGGUACGAACGCCUGCUACAUGGAGGAGCUGAGACACAUCGACCAGGUGGAGGGAGAUGACGGUAGGAUGUGUAUCAGCACGGAGUGGGGAGCCUUUGGGGAUGACGGCGUGCUCAACAACUUCAUCACAGACUUUGACCGAGAGAAUGAUGCAGCUUCCAGCAACCCUGGGAAUCAGAUAUUUGAGAAGAUGGUCAGUGGGCUGUACAUGGGAGAGCUGGUGCGGAUCAUUCUGCUGAAGAUGACAAAGAAGGGUCUACUCUUUAAUGGCCAAGUUUCAGACACCCUUCGGACCAAGGGCAAAUUUCAGACCAAGCAAAUUGCAUUAAUCGAAGAGAAUGAGGAUGGUCUCAGGAACACAAAGGAGAUUCUGGUGGAUUUGGAUCUCAACCCCUCGGAGGAAGACUGCAUCGCCGUCCAGCACGUUUGCACCAUCGUCUCCUUCCGCUCAGCAAACCUCUGUGCUGCAGCCUUGGCAGCCAUCCUGACCCGGAUUCGGCAGAACCGCAAGCUGAAGAGCCUCAGAACCACGGUUGGCAUGGAUGGGACCGUUUACCGGACUCAUCCUCAAUACUCCAGAAAUCUCCAUGAGGCGGUGCGGAGGCUGGUGCCUGACUGCCGCGUGGAGUUCAUGCUUUCGGAGAGCAGUGGGAAGGGUGUUGCCAUGGUAACAGCAGUUGCCCAGAGGCAGGUUAUGCAGCGGCAGCAGAUCAGUGAAACGCUGGCUGCCUUCAAGCUGAGCCCGGAGCAGCUGCAGGAGGUGCGGGACAAGAUGAAGAUCGAGAUGGAGAGGGGCUUGAGAAAGGACUCCCACAGCACAGCAUCUGUAAAGAUGCUGCCCACUUAUGUCUAUAACAUGCCUGAUGGGACAGAGACAGGAAAGUACCUGGCCUUAGAUUUGGGUGGAACCAACUUCCAGGUACAUGUGGUGAAGAUCCGGAGUGGCGAAUCGGUGCACACAGACAACAAGGUCUAUGUACUCCCUCUGGAGGUCAUGCAGGGAAAUCAGGAAGAGCUGUUUGACCACAUUGUCCAGUGCAUCUCAGAUUUCCUCGAUUGUAUGGGCAUGAAGAACACCUCUCUUCCUCUUGGAUUCACCUUCUCUUUCCCCUGCAGACAGACUGGAAUUGAUAAGGGAAAUUUGGUGUGCUGGACAAAAGGGUUCAAAGCCAUGGACUGUGAAGGAAAUGAUGUCGUGGACAUGCUGAGAGAGGCCAUCAAAAGAAGAAAUGAAUUUGAACUGGAUAUUGUUGCUGUAAUGAAUGACACUGUGGGGACAAUGAUGACCUGUGCAUAUGACGACUCUAAAUGUCAGAUUGGACUCAUCGCGGGCACUGGCAGUAAUGUGUGUUACAUGGAGGACAUGCAAAACAUUGAAAUGGUGGAGGGGGACGAGGGUCGCAUGUGUGUGAACACAGAGUGGGGAGGAUUCGGAGAGAACGGCUGCAUAGAUGAUAUCCAGACACAGUUCGACAGGGAGGUGGAUGAGGGGUCUCUCAACAUCGGCAAGCAGAGGUUUGAGAAGAUGAUUGGUGGAAUGUACCUGGGGGAGAUUGUGCGGAAGAUCCUCAUUGACCUGACGAGGCGCGACUUGCUCUUCCGUGGGGAAAUCACAGAAAAGCUGAAGACCUCUGGCAUCUUUGAGACCAAGUUCCUGUCCCAGAUCGAGAGUGACCGUCUGGCACUGCUGCAGGUGAGGUCCAUCCUGCAGCACCUGGGUCUGGACAGCACCUGUGACGACAGUAUAAUCGUGAAGCAGGUGUGCGGCACCGUGUCUCGCCGCGCCGCCCAGCUCUGUGGGGCUGGUAUGGCUGCCAUCGUUGAAAAGAUCCGUGAGAACCGCGGGCUGGACCACCUGGACAUCACCGUGGGGGUGGACGGGACGCUGUACAAACUUCACCCACACUUCUCUCGGAUCCUGAAUGAGACGGUCCAGGAGCUGGCCCCCAAGUGUGAUGUCACAUUCGUCCUGUCGGAGGAUGGGAGCGGAAAGGGCGCGGCCCUCAUCACUGACGUGGCACAGCGGAGGUACGCAGAGAUGUAA